GGGGUUUGUUCGCAGUGCCGCCGCCUGGGUAUACCGAGUCUGGUCACGCAGUGGACGCUGCAGCGGUCGCACUUGCUUCCACGACUAGUAGCACGUCCUCAACGACGGCGAAACCCACCUAUACAGCUGGCUUCCUGAAUCCACCGCACAACACGGUAGAAGCACGAUACGAAUUCGGAGAGUUUCGAUUGAAAUUAGCUGAGUUCUUCCUCUACGGUCCUCUGCAGAUUGGCACAAACAUGCGGCGCUUUGAGCAUCUGAUCGAUUUGAACAACAUCUGGUUCCAAGCGGGCAUCGAUAUCUCAUUUUCCACCUUUGCGGGCGUGAACAACGGCACUUUGUACUGCUAUUUGGCUCUAGAAUGCCAAGUGGACGUGGACGGCGUCGGAUUGUCAACUCUGGCGAGUAAUAUGGGGUUGAUGAUCGUCCACCGGGAUCAACAGUGCUACUCGACGACGAAAGAACCGAUUGCAAUAUCGAACAUGAAGAACCCUACGGAUCG